AUGUCACGAAAUUCUCGUGCCAGCGAUGAACGGGAAAUUGACCGCGUUCUUCGUCUCAAGCGCAAGGAGACCGAAAUAAAAGCUUGUAUCCCCUGCAGGCGACGCAAAGUGAGAUGUGAUAAGGGUUCCCCUUGUAAGACAUGCCAGAAACGUGGCCAUCCACUGAUCUGCACCUACGCUCCGGGCCACCAAUCCCCUGCUACCAGAAGAAUUCCGUAUGGGCAAGCCUUAUCUACAGCUAGGCAUUCAGCCAAUCCAGAAGAAGCUCCGGAUCUUUCCUUGCAGGGUCUUGGUUCGUAUACAUGCGGGCGACAGCAAGAGAGGACUUCUAUGCAAAGCCCCAGAAGAACUCCGCUCUCCGCAUCUGCCAUGCAAGAAGAAAGCGCUCAGGACUAUAUCUUCUCUGGCGAUAACUCUAUCGCGUCUAUUGUGCGAUCGCAAGCCCAAAGGUCUAAUGAUACUCUUAAAAUGAACCUUGAACCCGUACUCGGUCUUCAAAAUACGUUCAGCAGCUACCCUUUUAUGGACCAAAAGUUGUCUCAAAAUAAGUGGGCAAUGUUACUGGAGAUACUUCCGCAGCGAGACGAAGUCCUUAAGUUUUUCCACGUUUACAAAACCUCUAACUACCUUUUUACUCCAGUCCUCGUCGAUAUGGACCAGUUUGAGCUAGAUAUCUACUCUUAUUUGAACGCCCUUGCAGCAGGUGAGCUCCAAGGUUCAAGUCAGACAUCAGAUCGUUGGCUAUCAGGAAAAUCCUUGGGAUUUAUCAGUUUGAUUUUGGCUGUGUUGGCAGCGGGCGCACAUUUCUCGGAUAUCGAGAAUCCCGAGCGCGCAAGCUUAUGCCAGGAUUUUGAGCAGAGAUCGUUCCAAGCGCUCCGGUUGGCCAACUUCUUGUUUCGCCCUUCCGCGGAUAUUGUUCAGACGCUCUUACUACUUGGGAGCACACUUCAGAAUAACGGCCAGUCUGAUGCUGCAUGGGCUAUGCUAGGUACAACUGUGCGAUUGGCGCAGAUCCAAGGCUUUCAUACCGAGAAAGGCAUGGCCCAUCUCUCAGAACGUAUGAAAAGUACAGCAAGGAAAUGCUGGUCAAAUGUCGUAUGGCAAGACGCUUUGCUUAGCUUAUGCCACGGCCGUCCUCCUGUUACCUCUAGAUAUACCUCGACGGAGUUGGCUGGUGACAAUCUUUCCUAUACAGAUAUCACGGAUUACAUCUGCCGACUUGGCCUGAAGAUAGUCGAUGCAGGGGAGCCAGACGCACGAGACGCUAUCCCUUCUAUUGCUGCUUUAGGAGGCUUGGAUAAUGCGUACAGCCGCGCGCAACCGCAUCUACGCUCCCGAGAGAACUGCAAAACCUUUCACCAGCAUUUAGAGCACUUUCAGGCCUUGAGUACCGUCCCUCUUAGGAGCUGGCCAAUGGUGCACACUGCCCUUAUAUCAACGUUACUUUUAUGUAUUUGGGAAGAGACUCGGAGUGAUCCGGAAUGUCGAGAUUUACAGCAAAAGGUUAUCGAGGUCUUUGCAACUGCAGCACCUACUUCUGUAUCUGCCUCUCAGAGCUGGCAGUGGCUUUCCGAGGGGCACUCACGAGCUCUUGUUGCACUCCGAAAUGCAUUUUGCGACGAAAGCGGCCUCAGGGCAUCGACGGAUCAAGAACAUGUGGACGCACGACGGGUUGUUACAGACACCCAGAGCCACGAUGAAGUGAAUUUUGAUAGUCCUAAUGACAUUCCUCCGUUUAAUAUCCCCAGCCAGCUUCACGAUGCCUCUGAUUAUAGCACAAUCCCAAGUGGCAGUCUCACCUCGGAGGAGCUGGAUCUCCUGUACAACUCGCCGUUGUCGUACAUUGACUCUAUCUUAAAUGGACAAUGA